UUAUUUUUAUCUGGCAAUCCAGCUGUCAAAAAUGGAGGUCAACAUCAAUCGCGAGGUUGAAGAUACCUUUUACAGGUACAAAAUGCCCAAGUUAGCCGCUAAAGUAGAGGGCAAGGGCAACGGAAUUAAAACUGUCAUCGUUAACGUGAUUGAUAUCGCCAAGGCAUUAUAUCGCAAGCCCAUCUAUGUCACUAAGUAUUUCGGAUGUGAACUCGGUGCUCAGGUGCAUGUUGAUGAAAAGAACGAAAGGUACAUAGUGAACGGUGCUCACGAGGCUUCUAAACUCCAGGAGCUGCUCGAUGGCUUCAUAAAGAAAUUUGUUCUCUGUCAGAGCUGCGGUAACCCAGAAACUACCUUGAGGGUAAAAAGAAAUGCAGGUGUUGUCACAAGUGCUUGCAAAGCUUGUGGAUCGCAAGGCCAACUGGACGUCGGUCAUCGUCUCACUCAGUUUAUCGUGAAAAACCCCCCAGAUGUCGAUAACACAACUAGUACCAAGAGCAAAGGAAAAAAGAGCAAGAAAAAUGGUGGAGAUCAAGAUUCUGGCGAAGAUAUGAAUUGCGAAGAUGGUGGUCAGCCUAGUCCCAACUUUGCCGACUUCAGGGCCGAUGAAGAUGAUUGGGGCGAGGAUACAACUCUAGAGGCACAGCUAAGACGUAUUAAUGAACUUUCCGCAAUGGCAAAGUCCCUUGCCCUUAGUAUCGACGUAGAAAAGAGUGAAACUGAACGUGCGGAUAUUUUUUUCAAACAUCUUGAACGAUUACUUAAGCAGGGCCUCGUGGUCGAUAGAAGGAAAGAAAUUAAACAGGAGGCCGACAGACUUGAUCUAGGUCCGCGUGUCACUUUGGUUCUCGCAGAAGUUUUGCUAAACGAUCCAAAUAAGAUUCUGGAUGAUGUGAAGGCGUAUCGAACAGUGUUUAUGCAGUUUACGAGGUCUGGAGAAUACCACAAAAAAGCGCAACAGUAUCUUCUCGGGGCUAUGACUAGCAUAAUAGGGAAAUUUAGUUCAAGCAAUUUGGUCAGUCGCUCGUGUCAUAUCCUCAAGACUCUCUACGAUUGUGAUAUCGUAGAGGAAGAAACCAUAAUCGCCUGGUACGACAAAGGGCCUUCAAAGAAAUAUGUUUCAAAGGAAUUAAGCUCUAAGAUUCUUAGUAUUUGUUCACCCAUGAUAAAAUGGCUCAAAGAAGCAGAAGAAGAGGAUUCUGAUUCGGCGAGUGAAGAUUCGUUUGAUGAUACUAAAGCUAUUCCUGAUGCACAAAGGGACACCAGGGAGUUGAAUGGAAGCAGUCAGAAAGAAGACGAUGAUGACAUCGAUAUCGACGCUAUUUAA